UCCCGCAUCUCUCCUCCUCCUCCUAUUGGUUGUUUCUAUCCGCAGCACCACCACCACCACUACCAGUUCAUAUAUAUAUACACAUAUAUAUAAAUGAGACUUCUGAAUCGAGGAAGACAACAAAAUAUGAAGUCUAUUUUUGGAGUCUUGCUUGUCUUGAUGGUGAUGAGUAUUGGAGAGGCGGAAUUAAAGGAGAACUUCUACAGUUCCAGUUGCCCAAAUGUGGAAAGCAUAGUGCUGCAGGCAGUGAAUGCCAAGUUGGCUGAGACUCAGACAUUUACUCCGAUUCCAGCUACUCUUCGUUUGUUUUUUCACGACUGUUUUGUCGAGGGGUGUGACGCCUCUGUUCUCAUAGCUUCACCAAAUGGAGAUGCAGAAAAAGAUGCUCCUGAUAAUCUCUCCCUCGCUGGAGACGGUUUUGACACCGUUUUCAAGGCCAAGCAAGCCGUGGAGGCUGAGUGCCCUGGGAUAGUUUCAUGUGCUGACAUUUUAGCCAUUGCUGCGAGAGAUGUUGUAGUCCUGGCUGGAUGCCCUUCGUUCAGUGUAGAAUUGGGACGUCGUGAUGGAUUGAUUUCUGCGGCAUCCCGAGUUGCGGGAAAUCUGCCAGAACCCACUGAUGAUGUCGACCAACUGACCGCCCGCUUUGCCGCCAAAAAUCUUAGCCAGUUGGACAUGAUUGCACUCUCGGGUGCUCACACCAUCGGCUUUUCUCACUGCACUCGUUUUGCAAACCGCCUCUACUCCUUUACCCCUUCCAACCCCAUCGACCCUUCCCUCGACCCAAAUUAUGCCCAGCAGCUGAUCCAGGAGUGCCCCCAAAAUGUGGAUCCCCAAAUUGCAGUCAACUUGGAUCCCACAACCCCAACCAUUUUCGACAAUGUUUAUUACCAGAACCUCGUAGGAGGAAAGGGCAUGUUCACUUCGGACCAAGUGCUCUUUACCCAUCCAUCAACUAAGCCUGCUGUAACCAAUUUUGCCAAUAGUCCUUCCCGCUUCAAUGCUGCCUUCGUCGCAGCAAUGAGAAACCUCGGCAGGGUCGGUGUCAAAACUGGCAGGCAGGGAGAGAUUCGGAGGGACUGCACCACCUUCAACUCGUGACCAUCCCCAAAAGUAAAACACAACCAUUUGAUUGAACUACAAAAUCUGAAAUAGUAACUCAGAAGUGGCCAUUAGUAACUCAGACUGGAACAAUGAUAAGAACUGUGAAAUAGUGAAUGGAAGGAAUGAUCGCAGCAUCUCUCUUUGCUCCCCAUGGUUUGAAAUAAUAUAUCAGUAUCCUUUGUUAAACCAUUCCCAUGCAUGUGAGUGAGCCCAUCUUCGUUUUUCAAGCCUGUCAGUGGGUGAAGUUCCAGCUAAAUGACGUCCUUGUUCCUAUUGACCCUAAUUUCAACUGGUGUCUACAUUAAAAUUGGUUGGAUGGCAUAUCAUCCAUCGAUUACCAUCAUUGGGCAUAUUCCCAUUUCACAAGGAUUCCUAAUGGAGAUCAACAAGAAGGAUAUCCACAAUGAAGUAGUACCGUUUGAUUUAGCAUAAGAACGACUGCUGCAAC